CCCAGCAAGAUUGACUCAUAAUUCCCUGUUUUCCACAAAGCUGAGCCAUCCCACGUACAUCCAUGGAGACACGAUCCCAGUUGAAAACCCAUUACUGGGUUCGAGCUUCUCCGUCAGAUUUUGGUGGCACACUUCCCCAACCCCGCAGUGGGCUUACAGCUGUGAACAUUGGGAAAUCAAAGAUUGUGGUGUUCGGAGGCUUAGUCGACAGGAAAUUCCUCAGCGACCUCUUUGUUUAUGAUAUCGAGAACAAAUUGUGGUUUCAACCAGAGUGUACAGGCACUGGUUCUGAUGGGCAAGUGGGUCCCAGACCACGAGCAUUUCAUAUUGCCGUUGCAAUUGACUGCCAUAUGUUCAUCUUUGGUGGGAGGUCUGGAGGUAAAAGGCUGGGCGAUUUUUGGGUCCUAGACACUGAUAUUUGGCAAUGGUCAGAACUUACCAGCUUUGGUGACUUGCCUUCGCCGAGGGAUUUUGCUGCUGCUUCAGCCAUUGGCAAUCGUAAAAUUGUAAUGUAUGGCGGCUGGGAUGGUAAAAAAUGGUUGUCAGACGUCUACGUUUUAGACACAAUUUCACUUGAGUGGAUGGAGUUAUCAGUUUCUGGAGUUUUACCCCCUCCAAGAUGUGGACAUACAGCCACUAUGGUAGAGAAACGGUUGCUUGUCUAUGGUGGCAGAGGUGGUGGAGGACCAAUCAUGGGUGAUCUAUGGGCUUUAAAGGGUCUUAUUGAAGACGAGAAUGAAAGUCCAGGUUGGACUCAAUUGAAGCUUCCUGGUCAAGCUCCUGCAGCCAGUUGCGGGCAUACUGUCACAUCUGGGGGGCCUAAUCUUUUAUUAUUUGGAGGGCAUGCAACUGGUGGCUGGUUGAGUCGCUAUGACGUUUACCACAAUGAUUGUGUUGUUUUAGACAGGGUGUCUGUACAAUGGAGACGCCUACCAACUAACAAUGAUCGACCAGCUGCUCGAGCGUAUCAUUCCAUGACUUGUAUUGGUUCACGAUAUUUACUAUUUGGUGGGUUUGAUGGAAAAUCAACCUAUGGUGAUAUUUGGUGGUUGGUUCCAGAAGAGGAUCCUAUUGCAAAGCGUUUGACAAUGUCCUUGCCUGCAGUUAUUCCUGAAAAUAAAAAUGCUUCAAUAGCAAAUGAUAGCUUCAUCUCCCAAGACAAGGAAGGCCAAACUGAAGGAUCUAUAUUCUCAGAAUUGCAUAGAAAGUUAGAAGUUUCUGUUUCGCUUAAUCAUCAUAAGCUAAUCAUGGAUGAGCUGGAGGACAGAGAAUUUGCCGAACUGGCUUCACAAGUUAAUGGAGAAAAGUUUCCCAGCAAUGUACAGGCACUUCGUCACCAUUGGAAAAUGUCCUCACCAGAGUCUAUACAACUGAAAGAGCUUAGUCCCUUACUUCGUGACUACCAACGCCUAAUUAUCCGUCAUCAUCUAAACAAAGUUGAUUUGAAGUCACAGCCUGUGGAAUCUGGCUUUCCUGAAAGAGAGACUUUCCGGUACUAUCAUAUUAGAAAUGCUAUGCAGCUGCGCAUUGAUGAUAUCCCAAGUUUACUGGCAGAGUACAAGGAGCUGUUAUCAUAUGUAAAAGAAAACUGAAAGCUUAAACAGAAUUCUGUGAAGCAUUGUGAAUUGGAUCUUUCAUUUUCUAAUUGCCUUGUUAAGGUAUUAGAUAGCUGUUCAUUCCCAAGUGCCUCACGAUGUCUGUUUUCUUCAGCUUAAACAGGCAACUACAUAUUAUACCUAUUUGUGAACUGGCGGAGCAGACUACGAGUUAAUGGAUCUUCUCUUUGUGCAA